AUGACCGAAGAUGGCGGGGAUUCGGAGGCUCAACGGGGGCCUGGAAGCCAUAGGAGGAGCGUCAUCUACUCGGAUGGCACAUCACGGCCGGGGACCGCGAGGACGGGCAUAUCACAGAGGAGCCCGUGGGCACAGGGAUCGUCUCUGCGCGGCGGACUGUCGGGCAAGCGGGUGAGCAUCUCGGGCAGUGUCGGCAGCUCAACGGCGGGGGCUCGGCCGGCUAGCUCGAUGAGUAGAAGCCACGUCCCUACGCUCACGUCGCAUGCCUUCUUCCGGCCUAUGAGCUCGCAGAAGCUGCAAGCUCAACGAGGGAUGGCGAGGCCGACCACAAUGAACCGGCAGAUCGGCUUGCAGGACGAGACCGGCGAAACCAACCGGGACAGCAUGGUUUCGAGCCAGGGCGCCCGAGUAGGGCUGCAUUCCGGCGACGAGGGAGAAACACGGCCACCGCCCUCCAGGGGUACCGAAUUCACCGAGCAGGAACCAUACGACCGCAUAACGGCCACCACCAGCCCGACUCACGGCCACCAACCCACGCUGAGCCUGACUGAUAGCGUCCGCCCGUUGCAGAGGAAGCCAGAGGCCGCGAGAAACCUCACCCUUGACAUCAACAACAACACAUACACGGGUGGUGCGAAUGCUCCAACCCCUGUCCGCACCCCGCGCUCUUUGCGAUCUAGCUUCCUCAUGCCGAGGAUGGAUUCUAGCAGCGGCAACCGUGAGAUGCAGGGUGGCGAGAAGCUGGAAUCCCUCGCCUCGUCCCCUCAACUCCCGCCCAGUACCGGAGAUGAAAAAGCCCGUCCCCAGAACACGAGCAAGCCGAAACUGGGGCGCAACUACGAAUACUUUUUGGGCAAUACUGUCUUCUGCCUGGGGGGUCGGUUGCAAAACACCAGGCACCGGCCUAUAAACAUUGCGACCGGGGCGUUUGUCGCUAUGCCCGCCAUCCUCUUUUUUGUCUUCUCGGCACCGUGGAUAUGGAGCAACAUGUCUCCAGCCAUACCCAUCAUUUUCGCUUACCUAUUCUUCAUUUGCAUGUCGUCAUUCCUGCAUGCAUCUGUCACUGACGCAGGAAUCUUGCCUCGAAACAUACACCGGUUCCCCCCUCCAGACGAGAACGAGGACCCUCUACGGCUUGGGCCUCCGACGACAGAAUGGGCCCUGGUCAAGUCCGCUGACCCGGCGACCGCUGCGAUGGAGGUGCCGACGAAGUACUGCAAGACAUGCAACGUCUGGCGGCCACCCCGUGCUCACCACUGCCGCUUGUGCGAUAACUGCGUCGAGACUCAGGACCACCACUGUGUCUGGCUCAACAAUUGUGUCGGCCGCCGCAACUACCGUUAUUUCUUCACUUUCAUCAGUAGCGCCACCUUCCUUGGACUCUACCUCUCCAUAGCAUCACUGGCGCAGAUCCUCGUCUACGCCAACCGCCAAGGCAUCUCCUCUAGCGAUGCCAUCAGCCACUUCCGCGUCCCCUUUGCCAUGGUCAUCUACGGUUUUAUCGCCUUUCUCUAUCCCGCCGCGCUGAUGGGGUAUCAUCUGUUCCUCAUGGCUAGGGGGGAGACGACACGCGAGUACCUCAACUCGCACAAGUUCCUCAAGAAGGACAGAUACCGCGCCUUCACGCAGGGCAGCUGGUUCAGAAACUGGUUCAUCGUGCUGUGCCGUCCGCGACCCCCGACGUACUAUCAAUUCAAAGGCACAUACGCCGAAGGCGACCAGCGGCUUGCUCCUCGCCGCCGGGCUCAACGUCCUCCUCGAAGAGAAGCGGACCCAAAAGAUGGCCUCGAGAUGCAAGACGUCAAGCCGCAGCCUCGGCAUGAGCAGACCGGCUUUUCAGGCCCGGUCUCAAUACAGAAUGCCGCAGACUCCGCACCAGGGGGCGGGUCAUAA